UUCAUCACUAGUCGGUUCAGUUAGUAGUCGCGAAGGUGUUCGAGAAGACGUCAAUCUGCCAAGUAAGUCGUCGUCGCCGUCGGAGUCAAAACGUUUCGUUUUGCGUUGUGCGAAGUGUGGCCCCUCCUUGGACUUUUUUUUUUAUUGUAAGAGUAUCGAGCUAGUUUCGUGGCCUACUGUGCGAAAGAGGGUUUCUUUAAGCCAUUGUAUUUGAACGUCGUCGUCGUCGGCGGUAGAUCUAGAUCGUGGUGGGUUUUCGGGAUCCGUUCUGCGAGUUUGGUGUGGAUUUUGGAAGAUUUCCAGUGCCGUGUGGUGUGCCAAUAGUGGUCUAAUUGUUAAAAGUGCGUGAAAAAGAGGAAAAAAUCCAGAAAAAAAAAGCUCCGACCAGCUCGUGGAUUGUGUGCAAUUGUUCAGGAAAAGAAGAAAACGGUGUAUGUCUUGUCGUCUCGUCUGUGUGAUUGGAUAUAAUGGCGAAUGUUGACCGAGUUGUGCUCAAAAGUGCACUUAUUCUGCUGAUAUUGCUGGCCGAUUGCCGUGUCAACUAUGCGGAAGAUUCUACCACAGCUGUCCGCGUGAGGCGACAGUCGGAUCCCCCGAAAACAUCUGCAGCCGAAACGCCUCCGGUGGACACUUCGCAAACGGUCAGCCAAAAGGCUCCGCUCAACGAGAACAAAACUAGUGCAGCGAAGCAAAAACUGCUGAACGAGAAUCUAACCGGGAAGAAGUUGGCGGCCAAUCUCAAUGGAACCAUUUACACGGAUCACCUGCUCGGGUACAAUGGUACCGGGCAGCGGAAGGACUACAACAUCGUGUCGAUCAAACCGGGCGCGGAACCGACAACCGUUCCGACCGUGGUCCAAUCAGGUAGCAGUUCUAACGUUUCGAUCGAAUCAGUUGCCAGUGGCGAUGGCAAAAGUAAACUUAUAGCGCGACUUUUUUCUGCAGCUGAUAUCGGCAAUGGCAAUGUGUCCAUGACCACGACUACGGUAGAUCCAUUGAGUGCAGCCAUCAACAUCGAUACGGUGGAACAACCGGAAUCAGAGCUGAACGCUACGCUACAGAAUUAUAACAUCACCAAAACGCAGGAAGACUAUCACACGUACUACAACAGCGUGUGGACAACGGACAAGAAUGCCAGCGAUGCGUACUGGAAGCGGUUGGACAACAUGAACGUCAGCAGCUUGCUAUCAAAUUCGCAUCGGAGAGCUACGACGGUCCUGCUAUCCUUUGAUUUCCCGUACUAUGGCUACCCGAUCCGGAAUAUCACCAUUGCCACCGGAGGUUUCCUAUACACUGGCGACUACGUACAUUCGUGGCUCGCCUCGACUCAGUAUAUUGCGCCGCUGAUGGCCAAUUUCGAUACCAGCCUUUCCAACAACUCGUACGUGAAAUUCCGUGAUGACGGUGAAACCUUCACGGUGGUGUGGGAGAACGUCUCGCUGCAGGAUCGCCCGGAAAACGGUUCCUUCACGUUCAGUGCCACGCUGAACAAGUCCGGCGACAUUGUGUUCGCUUAUCAGACCAUUCCCAUCGAUAUCGAGCAAAUUUACGACGAUAAACAUCCGGUCAAAGUGGGACUUUCGGAUGCGUACAUUAUCGAUAAGACCAUUUUCCGCACCAAGCAGAAAACGAUCUACGAGUAUCACAGAGUCAACUUUGGCCGUGCGAAGGUUCUGAACAACACACUGAUUACCUUGUAUGCUCAGCCCACCUGUUACAGCUUUAAGGAUUGUCAAUCCUGUAUGAACCAUGAGGGUGCUGAGUUCAAGUGUAUUUGGUGUCCCACUCUGAACCGAUGCUCGACGGGAGUCGACCGCAAGCGGCAAGACUGGAUCCAGAAGGGUUGCGACAAGACGCAGAUCAUGGAGAUCUCCGUCUGUCCGGCGCUCGGCCAGAAGGGCAACAACUACGGGGAACCGAUUGAGAUCAGUACCGAGGGUAACGACACCAACGGCACCUAUCGGCACGAAUCCGAAAUCCAGCCCUCCAAGGGUAACACCAACAAGAACAAAUCGGAUCUGCAUCCGUCCAGCGGGGAAGACGGGGUGAACAAGGUGCCGGCUUUCCACGCGGCCAUGGAGCAGGAAAGCUCGAGCAGUAGUCUGCUCGUCACGAUGAUGGUCAUCUGCGGCAUCCUGCUCAGCUGCGGAUGUUGGGUUCUGUACGCGUACCGGAAUCCGCACACCAAGAGCGGUCAGCUGUUAAUCAGAAUGCAAAAGUACCGCCCCAACAAGUGGUCCUGGCGGCGAGGAGAGGCCCGCUACACGGCCGCCACGAUCCACAUGUGAGAACGGCAUCACGAAGAUCAUCGUAGCCGCCAUCACCAACACCAACAGCAACAACCGUUGUACCAUCCACAGCAUCCCGAGUACCAUCGGCCGCUCGGAAUGCUGAAUCUGGUUGGCAACGAGGAGGAACGGCUCCUCAGCUAUCUGUACCAACUGGACGAACCAACUGGGGAUGCGGCGGCCACUGGCCACGGACUGGAGAUUGCCGACUACACUUUCACGACAGAGCUGGGUGACUGAAUGGGCGUAUGUAUGGGUGCGUGUUGUAAGACGCCGAGCGGAAGAGAUAGGAUGUGAGGGAGAGAAUGUGAUGAGAGGAUGCGUUUGUGGUGAGACAUUUCUUUGUUAUGUUUCUAUUUUAUGAAAAAUCGACACAGAAAAAAAUACUUAACCCUUCUAAAGAUGAUAGGAGCAAGUCCAGGGGCAUUAAACCCCGCCUUAUAUUCCUGAUUUAAAAAAAGAGAAAUUGCAAUUAUUAUUAGUGUUUUGUUUUCUAUAAUCUAUCUUUCAAUCAGUUGUAGUGAUAUUUACACUUAUAUUUUAGCUAAACAGAUAAUCUGUCCAGUUGUAAUGUUAAGUUAGAACCGAUUGUGAAAAUACUAAGUUUGCCCUUCUUCCCAUUUCGUGCAAUUUUCCAAAAAAAAAAUGUCAACAUCAACAAUUGCAAUUGACAACCAUUGUCACAAACCGGAGCAGCGUGAAAUAUGAUGUGAUACCUAUUAUUUCUCUUUUAAAGACAUUUAUAAACGUAAGUUUCGGAUUUGGCAGCCUAAAUUUUACACUCAAACUGGAUCGCUCUUUUGUAUUAUCGACACUAAAUUGAUUGUAAAACAUUUUUCCCACACCGAAAGAAAUGUAUUAGAUUUUUUUUCGUAUUAAUUGUACACACUUUGAGCAUUAUCAGGAAAAGCAUAAUCAAUAAUUUUCUAAAUAGAGAAAGGACUAAACGAAACCGAUAGGAACUAGACGAUACGACUACAUGUGCAAAAAGAUGAAGAACCUAAUGCUAGUAAAAUAUUAAUUAUACUCUACAAACCAAGUAGUCAGACACUUUUAGAAAUAACGCAAAACUAAAUUUGAAACACGCAAACUGCAAUUUUAAUCGCUUAGCUUUAGAGGUGGCACACACAAACACUGGAACGCAGAUGGCACGCACUUAAUUGUAAAUUAAGAAACGAAAAAAUAACAAUACUGAAGAGCUAAACCACAUCGGCUAUUGCUGUAUCUUAACAGACUGCGCUUUUAUGCUUGAUGCACCAACUGACCGCAAAGGUGGCUCAUCUCCCGGCAUGUUUUCCGCUUACUGUCUGUACUGUUUGCAGUAGAUCUGAACGAUAUACUCACUUCUAUGCGGAAUGGAACGAUUGAAAAGUCAACCACCAACUGAAGAAACGACCGUCCCCACGAACUUUGGGCCAAAUUGUAGACGUAGAUCAGUAUGAUGAUGAGCUUCAUUACAACCUAGAAAAGACUAAUUUGCUCACUUUGUUUUUCAAACAACGUUUCCCCAUAUCGUUUCCCAACGAGGAAGCAACGACUUUCGAUAGUGCCUUAUGACGAUCGGGUGAUUUUGUCCGGAAGUUUAUUCUUUUUAUUGUGUUGUAAUUGUCUGAUUCAGUUUCUCAAUCGAUUUUUAGCUUGGCCUAUUAAAUUACUGGUAGAGGAGUGGACCCAGGUGGACAUUGGAAGCGGAAUUUUCCGUGCAAUCAGCUGGAUUUGAUGGCUUUCAUGAAAUUUACUCAUAUCUACACCUACCUUCAGGAUAGAACCCCAAACCCUUUAUUUUUGCACUGGACGACGUUAGAAGGAGUAUCGAAGCAAGAUUUUUUGAUAAUGCUUUCACACCCACACUCAGACAUGUAAGUUUAGCAAAAAGGAGGGCAGUAGAUACAAGUGAACAAUAGAACCGAAAUAAACUGAUGAAAAAUUGA